AGGAUCAGCCGAUGUCCGAUUUUCGCGGUACGUGAGCGCCGCCGAGUCUCCCGACGGGUGGGCUGCCGCGGCGAUCGUCUGCACUCCUUGGCAUCCAUGGCCGCCUCUGGAGUCAUCCGGUCACCUGUCGUGAUUUUUGACGUUGACUGCGACUGUAUCGAUCUGCUGCAGGUGGAGUGACAGCGCGAUGUGGCCCAGAUCUGCAGCGGCAGCCGUGUGACGCCGUGUGGCCAUGGAGCGGCAGCUGCCGGCUGUGAAGGUGUGGCUGACGCGGGACGGCGCCCGCCGCGACAGUCGCGCCGACGACCAGCUCAGCCACGUCAGCCUGGACCUGGCCGACGAGCUGUGGCCGCCGGCCGACGCUGGGCGCGCGCCGCGGCCGGCCGCCGCGCGCCGCCAGUCGCUGGUGCUGCUGCAGCGCCGGCGGGCGGCCGCCGACCGGCUGGAGCCGGCCGUGCACGGGCCCGACCGGCGGCGCAGCUCGGCCGCCUCCUCGGUCUCGGCAGAGUCGGCCGGCGGCUCGCGGAGGAGCUCGGCCUUCUCGCGGCGUUCGUCCAGCCUGGCGAGCGAGUGCAGCUGGUGCGAGCGGCCGCCGCCGGCCGUCGACAACCGGCUCUCGUUGCCGUCCGCCGCCGACCGGCGGCCGGCGCGCGCCGCCGACGGCCCGCGUCUGAGCCGCUCGCACGAGCUGGCGGCGCUGCGCCGGCCGUCGACGCUGUCGCGGCUCAGUCAGACGCUGUCGCUGAGCUCUCAGCGCGGCUCCAUCUACUUCAUCAAGGGCGCGCUGGACGAGACGUUUCCGUUCCCGGCGCCGCAGCGGCUCACCUUCACCCAGCGACUGGCGUUCCCCUCGCUGGCCGGCGAGAUGCGGCACAAGAGGCGGGACCCGUUUAACGAGACCGAGGCGCACAUGAACCUGUUCGCCAAGAUGAUCACCGUGGUGAUUCUGUGCCUGGUGUUCGUGCUGCUGAUUGGCGUCAUGUACAAGUUCCUGAGGUAAACGGGCUGGUAGGGGGUGAGGUAGAUGAAACCAUUUAGAAUUAAUGGCGGAAGCAAAGAGACGAACAAUUUGUGUGCACCAUCAUUUUCCUAUAGGUGCCGUGCUGAACCGUAUGGGUGCGCGCCGUAGUGUAUCGUACCCGAUGGGGCGGGCCAUUUGGCUUGCAGGCACCAUGCUGCAGCCGCAGUUACUCGCAGUAGCCGUAGACGGUCUCCUAAAACUGGUGGGUUCCAUCGCCCGCGAGAAGCCCCCGCGCCUGACGUGGAGCCGGCGGCCGCCUCGGCGAACGGUGGCGCUGGAGCGAGCCGGUCCCGGAGUCCACUGGACGGUCACUGGACGGUCACAGAGUCCGCUGAAUGGUCACUGGACGGUCACUGGGCGGUCACUGGACGGUCACUGGACGGUCACUGGACGGUCACUGGACGGUCACUGAGGUCCGGGCCAGCAGUGCGAGACUCCGCGAUAACAGUUGGUUAGACCAGCAUACAUACAUGUAGUGAGCCGUGCGUGACGAUCCGCUGAUCCGCAAAUGUACAUACAUACCAAUUGUGACUGUGAUGUAACUCAUCGUAAUUCGUAAUGUUGACAUGAUUGUGAGUGAGCUCUAAAACGGGUUGUGAUAUUGAUAGUUUCACGAAAUAUGUCACUUUAUUUAGAAUUGAGAACCCAACCAUUUUUAAGCACGUUUUCGCUCAACCUUGUGAUCAUUAUAACAUGUCUUGAAUAGAUUCGUUUGGUCACUGGCUUCUACGGAAUUAGCCAGAGUCUUGAGAUGACCAACAUCUCAAUACGGGUACGGGUAACAUGUAAAAUUAACUUUUAUCUAGGUAUGCUCCGAUGAUUCAAGGCAUGGGUGCCUAAUAUAUCUUUCCUAAGCAUGCUUCCAAAACUUACAGUCACUAGCCAGCCACAAUUUAAAAAAAAACUUAGAUCAGAGGCCAGUUUUACCAACAGAAAAAUAGCCGCCUGCCGGAAUUUUUUGACUAAAGACGGCUUCACACACGGAGCGUAAACGCGAUGGGCACAUUAGCAGAUAGGGCUAUACCGCUUACGCUCUGUAUGUGAAGCGGUCUUAAGUCAAAAAAUUCCAGCAGGCGGCUACUUUUCUGAACUGGUAAAACUGGCCUCUGAUUCAUGACCCUAGCCCAAAGAGUGACCGUUUAUACUUUAUUCCGAUUGCAAUCGGAGAUAUCACGUAUCAUAUUUGUCAGAAAUGCCACUUUCAUUAGUUAGGUAGGUACUCUGCGCUACUUACAUAGGUACCUAUUGCUGUGGGUGUCCCACUGGCACUCAUAGACACGAUAUAUCUAAAUAAAAGGGUCAUAAACUAGCUUAACCCUCGCAUGUGUAGAGGGGGGGGGUCGGAUGGACCCCCC